AUGUCCAACAUCGCCGCCGCAAGCGAUUUGAACGAGGUCAAAGUCAUCGACGGCGACGGUGAUGUCCUACUGGUCAUUGGCGCAACUAAGCAGUCUCUUCGAGUCUCUUCUCGCGCUCUCUCGGUGUCGCCUGUGUUCAAAUCGAUGUUGGGGCCACAUUUCCGCGAGGGACAACAGCCGCGUAGCACCGCAGGGCCUGUGCCUAUCUUGCUACCAGAAGACAACUACGAUGGCACAAGGGUGAUGUGCCAGAUGCUCCACCUUCUCAAGGUUGAGUCUGAUGAGGAACAUGGCUCGAACUGCAUCUACGACUAUCGUGCCGCUGCUGUCACAAUGAAGAAGUACCAGGUUUUGGACAUUUUCCACUACCAUCUAGUCGGAGUCCUUUACGAAUGGCUUUACGACUACCCGGAAGAAGAUGCGAUCGAUGUCGUGAUCGAGGCUGUUGUCCUGGCCUACUUACUCGACUGCAACGAAGCCUUCGAGAAAGCUACCGCGCAGCUUAUCAAGAAUUGCUAUGAUGGAACGAUGACACUAUUGGGUACUUCGGUCAUAGAUCUGCUUCCUGCUUCGAGUCUCCUGAUCCUCGAAGAGCGACGCGCUGCGGCACAAAACAAGCGGUUACGGCCAGGUACUGAAGCGUUGUGCUUGCAGUGCACGAAGCAAGGCACGCAGGAUCGAUACGAGACCUGCACGAUCGAUCAUUAG